GGGAGCGGCGGAUCCCGGGGCAGCCCCGGCCCGGCUCCGGGAUGAGCUUCCCGCGGCCCCUGCGCCGCUCCGUGAGCCUCAGCCCGGCCCGCACCCUGCGCCUCGUCGUGCUGGGACAGAGCGCCGUGGGCAAGACAGCGCUGACAGUACGCUUCAUCACCAGGAGAUUCAUUGGAGACUAUGACCCAACCCUAGAAAUGAUCUACAGGCACGUGGCUGUCAUCGAUGGAGAGAUGGUGCACUUCGAGAUCCUCGAUACAGCCGGACAGGAGGAGGACUCCCUGCAGAUCGAGGAGAAGAUCAAGUGGGGCGAUGGCUUUGCCGUGGUGUACUCGGUGACCGACCGCUGCAGCUUCGACGAGGUGAUGCGGCUCUGCUUCCUCAUCAACCACCUGCACGCCAGCCCCAAGCGCAGCGGCGGCACCGAGCAGCCCCCCGUGGUCAUCGUGGGCAACAAGAAGGACCUGCAGUUCGACAGGAUGGUGUCCACCGAGGACGGGGAGAACCUCUCCAAAGCCCUCAAGAUUCCCUUCUACGAGAUCUCCACCCGGGACAGCUACGAGGAGCCGGUGGCGGUGUUCAGCAGCCUUUACCAGGAGCUGCUCCGGCAGGGCCACUUCUCCCCGGGCUCCUUCAAGAGAAGGACAGUGUCCAAGCUCAUGGAGAAGAUUCCCAAAAUGCAAGCCAGCUCCACCCUGAACUCCGCGGGCAGGAGCCUCAGCUUUAACUCCUUCAGGGACUACAUUCCCGAGUGAGCGCCCGGCUCACGCCCGGAUGGGGGCAGCUGCUGGGGCUGUGCCGGCUCUCUGGAGGGGAAGGGCAGGAGUGCAGAGGGUGGCACCGGGCUACAAAAGCCUCUGGGUUCUUCUUACAGGGGGUUUUCUUCAUCCAUCUGAUCCCUUUGCUCCCUCCUCCCCCUCUGGCAUAGCUGAGGUGACUCCAGUGGUGUUGGGACAGCCCUCGGAGGGAGGCUCAGCUGUGUUUUGGUGGGGCUCAGACCCAGCACACGCACGUCUGGGGGGGCUUUCCCCCUCCCCUGAGCUGGCUGGGGGUAUCUGCACCCCAAAUCCAGCACCCACCAUGCUGGGUGACCCCGAGGGCCAUGCUGGCUCCCGGGCUGGCAGCAGCCAUUCCCUGGGGAUGGAGCCUGCUUCCUCAGCGUGGCUGGUGAGUAAAACCCCUGGAUCCUCCAACCCUUCCAGCCCAUCCAGGCUGUGCUCAGUAGCACAGAGCUGAUUCCAGAAGCUGCUUGCAGGUCCCCCUCUGUCUGCUCAUCAGCUGCCCUGUUCCCAGAGGCAAAACCACCGUGGCCUGAGGAGUUGUUUUGCACAGGGAUGGGGCAGUAGAGGCGUGGGAAGGAGCCGGGCUCGUGGCUCAUGUUCCUUCCCUCCCUCUGGGUGUUGGGGCUGUGUGGCUGCUCAGGGUGGCUGUGCUGGACCCUGUGGUGUGACUCCCCUGUCCCCUCUGUUGUGACCGACCCCAUUGUCUGCUGCCGUGUCCUGUGACAAUAAAAGCCGAGUUCCCAACC